AGGCCCGUCCCGUCUUCUCCAACUGCGGAGGGAGGGCUCGCCUUGUGGCUUCUUUGCCCCCUGCAUCGGACGGCUGUAUUGUAGAUGCGCAUCCGAGAGCAGCCGGGUGGCGUGGGCCAGUGGACGGGCGCGGCAAUAUGACGGGGUCGUGCCAGAGUGGAGUUGACAGAGUUUAACUAUUAACCAUCGAUGUAACCGUAUGCGGUUGGUACCAUACUUAAGGCGUGCACACCGGCAUCCGCGGCUCAGCCCAAGCGCGUAACCAGGAGGUGGAGGAUACAUGCAGCAAGCUCGCCGAACUCCAACGGAGCCUAUGCCCGGGUCGUCCGCCGAUCCACGGCCACAAAAAGCUCAUGGUCCACUCUAUUUGGACAAGUUCCCUUCUGUGGCUGGUAAUUCAGUCUCUGUGCUGCAGACCUUUAAAUAUCUUCUGUGAAAAGACCGUUGCAGCAGCCACGUGGUGUAAGCCCAUAAGGAGCUUUUUACAUUGAAUGGAGAAUAUACUGGUCCUGCUCCCAAAACACCGACAGGAACACGUGGUGUUCACACAAACUGAUGCAUGUGCUCUGCUGCCAUUUUUCCUCUUAGAGCAACUUCAAAUUGGGCUUUUGAUGAUGAUCACCACUGUAUGUCCACUUUUUUAAUGGGAUAAAUUAUCUAGACCAAUCAGAAUUAGAGCCAGGUUAGGGUGAUCCAGUCACAAUUCAGAAGACAUAGUCUAUUCUUUCUCUUCAAGUCAAUCGUCUCCCAAAGGCUUCCGCAUGGUACUUUGGUCGAAAGAACAAGACAAACUGCCCGGCAUCAACAUGUCUUCCGGGGCGGUUGAGAUUAAGAAAGAGGGAGGACCCCUUUCACCUGCCUUUUUCAACUCCAACUCCUCUGUCCACCCAGUAAUUGUCACUCAAGGACCUGAGGAAGGGAGCCCAGAAAAAGGGAGUGAAUUUGAGCUGAAAGAGGUAACUUCCUUCAAAGAAAUUGCCAAUGAAACCCCAGACAAUGAAGAAAAGUUGGACAUUGUUGCGGUGAUGGACUGCCGGGCAAAUGCCAAAGGUCAGCGUGAGGAGGAUGCACUCUUGGAGAAUGCAAGCCAAAAUGAGAGCGAUGACACCAGCAAUGACCGGAGCCCUGAACCACCAGCACCCCUCAAAGAAACUUCCUUCUCAAUUGGUCUGCAGGUGGUUGUUCCCUUCCUGCUGGCCGGGUUUGGGACUGUGGCUGCAGGAAUGGUGCUCGACAUUGUCCAGCACUGGACUGUAUUCGACAAGGUCUCAGAAGUGUUUAUCCUUGUUCCGGCACUACUGGGGCUCAAAGGCAAUCUGGAGAUGACGUUGGCCUCAAGACUUUCCACAGCGGCUAAUAUUGGUCUGAUGGACACAACCAAGGACAUGUGGAACAUGAUCAUGGGGAAUUUGGCUCUCAUCCAGGUCCAGGCCACAGUUGUAGGGUUUCUAGCCUCAAUUGCUGCUGUGAUCUUUGGUUGGAUUCCAGAGGGCCACUUCAGGCUGGGCCACGCAGUGCUGCUUUGUGCCUCCAGUGUAGCUACUGCCUUUAUUGCCUCACUGCUUCUAGGACUCAUCAUGAUUGGUGUGAUCAUCGCAUCCAGGAAAGUUGGCAUCAACCCAGAUAAUGUGGCUACACCUAUUGCUGCCAGCCUGGGGGACCUAAUAACCCUGUCCCUACUGGCUGGCAUCUCAACAGGGCUGUACAAGGAACUAGAGUACAACGACUAUGCCAAUCCUUUGGUUUGUGCGGUGUUUGUGGCAUUAUGUCCAAUAUGGGUGCUAAUAGCCAGGAAGAUUCCCUCCACUCGAGUAGUCCUCUAUUCUGGAUGGGAGCCAGUCAUCAUCGCUAUGGCCAUCAGCAGUGUCGGUGGUCUUAUUCUUGACAAGACCGUUAGUGACCCUAAAUUUCGAGGCAUGGCUGUCUUCACUCCAGUCAUCAAUGGUGUGGGAGGUAACCUGGUUGCGGUUCAGGCAAGUCGUAUUUCCACCUACCUGCACAUGAAUGGUAUACCAAUGGGAGAUCCGAAUCCCACGCCCCGGAACAGGAAGUGCCCUACACCCUGCUCCACUUUCUUCACCUCCACUGUGAACUCCCGGUCGGCACGUGUGCUCUUCCUCCUGGUCGCCCCGGGUCACCUUGUCUUCCUCUUCACCAUCAACUCACUGAGGGGGGGACACACUACACUAACUCCCAUCUUCAUCACCUUCUACCUGGGUGCUGCACUGCUGCAGGUAAUCAUCCUGCUCUACCUGGCGGACUGGAUGGUCCACUGGAUGUGGGGCAGAGGGAUGGACCCAGACAACUUCUCUAUUCCCUACCUGACCGCUCUCGGUGACCUGCUGGGAACCGGCUUCCUUGCCCUUUGCUUCCACAUGCGCUUUUUCAUUGGUGACAGAGACUCCAAUUUGGGAAACUGAUUGCAUGCAUCAGCAAAAAGGUCCCUUGCACACAUGGACGAUGAUAAUGGAAAACUGGAUGUUUCCCACGAAAGGGCUAAUCCCUUGUAGGGUUCUGAUUGCUCUGGUUUACAACAAUAACUGGGUGCACUAGAGCCAGUUUCAAUGUGGAAAUAUUGCAAACACUUUUCAUCGUAUAUGGCCCCACAGACUUUUGUGCACGAUGACAAGAGUCCCUUCUCUGUUAUUGUUGUACGUUUGUAAAUGAUUUAUUAUAAGUAAAUAAUCCGUUUGAUGUAAAUUAAUGUCAACUCUAUUUUGAAACGCUCUUCCUCAUUAUUUUAAAUGGGGAAAACAGUAAAGAAAUGUUUCUACGUGAUUGACUUGCAGCAAAUCCAAGAAAAUGAGCAAAACAAAAAAUACCUAACAAGCCAAUAUUACUUAAUCACCAAGUGCUUUGUCUUGAUUCAAUCUUUUUUUUUAAUGCAAAUUUAUCAUAGUGCUUUAGAAAAGUGCAAAUGCCUACUGUAGCUAAACUUCCUGUUUUACUUUAAUCGUAUGACAGCGGACUGUUGCUGUUUUACCAGGAGACAGAACCAGAAAUAUUACAAUUGAAAUUCCCUUGCGCAACACAAGAAAUUAUAGUUUGAUUCAGGUUCUUGAGAAAUGGAAGGUCAAUCCGUAGGAUAGUCUGCUGGUUGGCCGCUCUCAAAACAAGGCAAUCGCAAUCUUCCUAGUCCUGAGGUUGCAGACUGAUUCUCACCAAAUGCUUCAAAACAAUGCUUGAUCCCGAAUACCCUGACACGAUGACGAAACUCUGAAAUUAACAAGUAUUGAGCAGGGAAAAAACUGACUGGAUCCUUUACCACUUGCAAAACAAUCCCAAUCCAAUACAGCAGGCUUUGUUAUGUUGGGCAAACCACACCUUCAGCCAUUUUUAAUAGGCUUAAAAAGUCUAAAGAGCUCAGCUCACAAAACAUUAGUGUGCACAUACAGAGGAUGUGCUUGUGAAGCCUCACCUUGCAAAAUGGCGUUUCGUAUUUUAGCGUAUGUGUAAAUUCAUUCUUGUAUUUUGGGUCCCUGAAGAAUAUGGGAAUUUUUAAGAUUUGCCUUGUGUAUAGCCACCAAUACUGGGGCUGGUACAUUAGAUAAGACAGCGCCAAAGACUCACCAUUAGUCUUCAUCGGGCUGAUUUGAAAUCACUGGUUCCAAAAGGUUCACAGAACUACAACAUAUAUUUCAGUUUAUUUCAACUAUUAUGUUUUAUUAUCUGGGGUUUUUGUCAUGAACUAUGCUUUACAAGUUUUGCGGACACGGAUGAUGAAAUCAGUUAUUUUAAAAAUGAUUAACAAUAUUUUAGUUUUCCCUCAUGUGACACGCAGUGACAACAACAAAUUUAAGUUUCAUUCGGAAUAUGUGGAAAUCGAAUUAAGACAUGACUGCACUGCUUCUGUGUGAGGAUACGCUGCUAUAACUUGUAUUUCCGCACACAGUGUGUGAAAACGGAAAAAAAUUAAUCACUUCAAAUAUUAGGCAUUAAAAUUCUAAUUUUCUACAUAAAAUACCACCAUAAAUUCAUGCUUAACUGGACUAACGAAUUGCAUUUGCAUAUUCACUAACCUGGGAAAAAACUGGUCUGCAGGAAGUUCCCAUGUAUCUCAUGACGUUGGAAAAAAGAAAUUUUUGAAGUGGCGAAAAUGAAACUGCAUUUUCAUUUCACAUUCUGUUUCUAUACUCGUGAAUACAAGGCAAAUGAAGGAUAAAAUACAAUUUAUAGUGAGAAAGUAAAGGGCUAUUUUGACCAAUUGAAAUAAGUCCAAAUGUUGGGUGUCUUCACUGAAACUUGCAUGAGAUGCUUGAAUUAUUUGCCACUUUUCAAACUUCUGUGUUAUCUCAAAGGGGCCAGAAGAAUACCUGUGCAGAGCACUCUCUAUGAAUGUGAAAAUAUUCAUUUUGAUUGAUAUUGUUUGUCAAUCUUUUGUUUGGGUUCCAAAUGGUUUUCGGGAGGAAAUGUUAGUUCUGUUAAUUUUUUUUUUUUUUUUCCUUAAUCAUUUUUAAUUUUUCUUGGUGAUGUCUGUCAUAAGAUUUCAAAGAAACCUCUCUGAAGAAACAACCUUUCACAGCUGUGCCACAACAGAGUACUGUAAUUUGCUAAAUUGACACUAGAGAGCACCAGAGAGAUUUCUUUGGAGAUUAAGUUUUUAACUUGAUUCAAAUCGACUUUGGGGGACUUUUUUUAACUUCAUUUUUUUAAAGUCAUACCCACACAUGUUCCGUCAUAUCUCAGUCUUUACUCUUCCUCAACCUUCUCACUGACCAGGUGCCAGCCUUCUGCUCUAUUUUAAUGGAGAGUUGUGAAUACUUCUGUAAGAGGGCAGAUAAUGGUUUGUCUAUUUAUUAUUAGAAGCACACAAAGCAAUUUGUACAUACUAUAUUUAUUCUAUAUAUAAGGUUGUUUAUUGUGUUCUUUCAACGUGACUCUGUUACUUUGUCCCUCUCCUGCGUCAAAUUUUUUUUUGUUUUGUUUUUUGGGUGAAUGGCCAGUAGUUUUUGCUCAUUUGCUGCUUGCCACAUUAGUGGUGAAAUUUUGCAUGGUGCCUAAUAAUGACAUAGAAUGGCCUUAAUCUCUAUGAGAGCCGAGCUCAACACAGAGUAACCGAUCAACAGCUUGGUAGCGCCUUAAAUUAGCCCUGAUUAAUAAUUGCUUUACCUUGAUUGUGAUAUGCAAUGUAAUGUAAUACUGUAAUUUACUGAGAUGCAGCUGUAUAGUGAAGGACUGAGAGCAUUGGUUACACAUAAGUUCACACGUACGGUAUGUGCAAACACCUCAGCACUUUAAGUACGCUUAUAAGCAUAAACAAAAUAAAGAUUUCUUCUGUGAAACACCAGAAAGCCUGAAAAUGUGCAUUACGGCAUGUAAUUCUAGAUUGUUGUGCCAUCCAAAAUACCCAACCAAAACCCACAAACUGCCUUUUUAACCUCAGUGCUUCAGCCACAUUGAACUCAGAAGGGCUCUCAGGCGAUCACUAUCCACAUUAAACUGUGACCUCCAUUUCCUGUCACAUUUGUUGCUUAAGAGGCAAAAUAGUAAACAUAUUAAUAUAAUGGGGGGUAAAGGCAUGAAAAGCCUCACCACUGCUGAAGCUUGUGAGUUCUCUUUGUUUUUUCCUCACUUGCCGGGAAUAAAGGAAUUUAUUGU